AAUUGGCAUUUCCUAGUCAGCCCAGUGUCAGUGGUCGGUGUGUUGUAGCUCAGAGGCGCGCCAUGCAGCAGUAGAUGCGACUGUCCUGAAGUCGGUGCGAUUGUGCCAUCUGCACGUGCACAAGUGUACGACCCCCCCUGCUGCCCGUGUGGCCGCUCAUUCGCUGCCCAUUGUUGGAAGACUUGCCACCAUGCUGCUGGACGCCGGAGCCCAAUACCCAGCGAUCGGAGUGACGACUUUCGGUUCCUCCAGGCACCACUCGGCUGGCGAUGUGACGGAUCGAGAGGUGGCCCUGGGCAUCAAUCCCUUCGCAGACGGCAUGGGAGCUUUCAAACUCAACCCGAGUAGCCACGAUCUCGCCUCAGGUCAGACCGCUUUCACUUCGCAGGCUCCGGGCUACGCUGCGGCCGCUCUGGGGCACCAUCAUCACCCGGGACAUGUCAGCUCUUACUCCAGCGCUGCCUUUAACUCCACCCGGGACUUUCUCUUCCGCAACCGGGGCUUCGGGGAGGCCGCCAGCGCCCAGCACAGUCUAUUCGCCUCCGCCGCGGGGGGCUUCCCCGGACCCCAUGGGCCCCACGCUGAUACCACGGGCCACUUGAUUUUCCCUGGACUCCACGAGCAAGCAGCCAGCCACGCUUCUCCCAAUGUGGUGAACGGACAGAUGAGGCUGGGCUUCUCGGGGGACAUGUAUGGCAGGCCCGACCAGUACGGACAGGUGACUAGCCCCAGGUCUGAGCAUUAUGCCUCCAGCCAACUGCACGGCUACGGCCCUAUGAACAUGAACAUGGCUGCCCACCAUGGAGCAGGGGCUUUCUUCCGUUACAUGAGGCAGCCCAUCAAGCAAGAGCUCAUCUGCAAAUGGAUUGAGCCCGAGCAGUUGGCCAACCCCAAAAAGUCGUGCAACAAAACUUUCAGUACCAUGCACGAGCUGGUCACCCAUGUUACUGUGGAGCACGUUGGGGGCCCAGAGCAGUCCAACCACAUCUGUGUCUGGGAAGAAUGUCCAAGAGAAGGGAAACCUUUCAAGGCCAAAUACAAACUGAUCAACCACAUCAGAGUGCACACAGGCGAAAAGCCUUUCCCUUGCCCCUUCCCUGGAUGUGGCAAAGUCUUUGCGCGAUCAGAAAAUCUCAAGAUCCACAAAAGAACUCACACAGGUGAAAAACCCUUUAAGUGCGAGUUUGAAGGCUGUGACAGACGAUUUGCCAAUAGCAGUGAUCGUAAAAAGCACAUGCACGUUCAUACAUCGGACAAGCCGUAUCUGUGUAAAAUGUGCGACAAGUCGUACACCCACCCCAGCUCCCUCAGGAAGCACAUGAAGGUCCACGAAGCAUCUUCCCAAGGGUCUCAGCCUUCCCCAGCAGCAAGUUCAGGCUAUGAAUCUUCAACGCCCCCAACAAUCGUUUCUCCUUCUGCAGAAAACCAGAGCACAAGUUCCUUAUCCCCCAGCUCCUCAGCAGUACAUCACACGUCCAAUCACAGCACGCUCUCGUCAAAUUUUAACGAAUGGUACGUUUAAACACAUAUUUAAAACAAAAAAGACUUCAAAUAAAUGAACACUUCCAAGGUAAUAUCCUAAAGCUGCCAAUAGAACCGGGACCGAAUAAAAUGAAGAAUGAGACCUUUUUUUUUAAAUUCCUGCAGGCUUGGUAAGAGAGAAAAAAAAAAAAACCACCCAAGGAUUUUUUUAAAAAAAAUAAAAAUUAUGAAAAGACCAGGCCAAAUGCCAACUGUGUAGGUUUCUGAUGAACCACUAAUUAAAGGUCUCAAUCUGCAUGUCUCAUCGGGCAGCCAUGGCCUUUUUUUUUUUGUAAAUACAGAAUUAUUAGUUAAAAAACAAAUGUACUGUUGAUUUUGUAAAUAGUUAUAUUACAACCGAAAAGGGAUCUGUGGAAUUGUGGUCACUGCAUAUUUGUGUUGGGAGAGGGAGGGGUAACAGGGAGGACGACAUUUAUUUGGAUGGAAAGAAUGUACUAGUGAAUAUGUACCAAAAUGUGAAAUACCUUGUAUUAUUCCAGUCUCAGCGUCCACCUAACAGACUAUUAAUGAUAUAAGUGUGCUUAAUGUAUAAAGUGCAAAAUCUACGUCCCAAAGUCCAGUCUGGUUAGUGCAGUAAAAUGUUGUUUUUUUUUCAAGUCCUGUCAAUAAUUCGUAUAGUGCAAAGCCUGGAAAUCCUUGUCAAACUGUUACACUUUGUUUAUGUAAAGUGAUAUUAUUAAAAGCUAAAACAACAACUCUAUAUAUCUGUCCAUUGCUUUUAAACAAAUACCACAUCCUAAUGUGUAUAUAGUCCAUCAUUUUUCAUAUUUAUCCGCAUGUAAAAAAAAAGGCCGGCUCUACAUGUUAACAGAUAUUCAAUAUUUAUGGAUAGAAAAUAAAAAAAAAUUCGUAUGUAAAA